CAUUCUCUUCCGAGAUUGUCGAGAAGAUUAAUCAAGCAAGAUUUGAACAACAUGUCCUGCGUGCCGCUGCCAACAGAGGACAUGAUUAUCGAGGACGAAGCUUCCAACGAGGCAAUCCCUCUAACUUCGCAAGAGGACGUCCACAAUUCGCCCCAAAAAUUUUUUGGGAGGGGCAGGGACCGAAACACCACCAAUACAGAACCUGCCAACAUCACCACCACAAGCCACCAGCAGUGAGAAGCCCCUCGUCCUCGCUGAUACAAGACUCAAUGACCACUACGGGCCCACUAACAAUAUCACCGCCCAUUCCUCCACAACAUUAUACAGUUCUGUCAGAUGGCUCACUUCUAGGAGGUCGUCUACAACAGUUUGCACACAAGUGGAAAGAAAUGGUGAAUCACCCGUGGCCGGUGUCCGUCAUAUUCAAAGGUUAUCGGAUUCAGUGGUCUUCCAAACCAAUUCCCUGGCGGCACAAAGAAAUGACAUUUACAACCGAAGAACAAGCAGCCAUCGAUUCAGC